GCUUUGAGUCUAUUGAGAGUCGGUCAUUACUCGUGUGUGGUUGGUCACGUAGCAUAUCGUCUGCGGUUUCCCAGUGUUAGGAAAGUGUAUCAAGGAAUCAACGCGAUCGACUGAUAAAUACCUUUGUUGAUAUAUUCACCACCAGCUGUAGAUGUUAAGGUUAUGAAGAUUAGCUACCAAGAAUCAACAAUAUCGGAUAUGGCUGCUGUGGAUAUUCAGACACCUGUAAUUGUUGCAUCGGAUGUGAAGAUAGUUAAAGCUAAACCAGUGAGGAAGGUAUUCAAAGGUACAACCAGGGUGAUAAAUAAAAUUCCACCAGCAUUGCUCAAUGACCCAGAGCUCAAUGCAGCUAUCAGUGUGCUUCCAGCAAAUUAUAACUUUGAGUUUCACAAAACAAUUUGGCGAAUUCGGGAAAUGAAGGCAAAACGAGUGGCACUGCAAUUGCCAGAAGGUUUAUUGAUGUUCUCUCUAGUGAUAAGCGAUAUCAUCGAAAGGUUUACUGACGCGGACACAAUCGUCAUGGGAGAUGUUACGUAUGGUGCUUGUUGUGUCGACGAUUAUACGGCCAAGGCGCUAGGCGCCGAACUUUUAGUACACUACGGACACAGUUGCCUAAUACCAGUCGAUCAAACAGUUGGGAUAAAAGUUCUAUACGUUUUUGUCGACGUUAAAAUAGAUGCUCUACACUUUAUUGAAAGUGUAAAGGUUAAUUUUCCAAAGGAACGCAAACUAGCUCUGGUCAGCACUAUACAAUUUGUAGCAACAUUACAUGCUGUUGCAAAGGAACUUCGUGAUUUGCAUUACGAUGUUAUGAUACCACAGUUCAAACCUUUAAGUCCAGGAGAAGUUUUAGGCUGUACAGCUCCGCGGAUUACCGAUGAACGAGCGCUGAUCUAUUUGGGCGAUGGUCGAUUUCAUCUGGAAGCAGCGAUGAUUUCUAAUCCUAUGCUAGCCGCAUAUAAGUAUGAUCCUUACGAGAAAAAGUUUACCAAGGAAUAUUACGAUCAUGCCGAAAUGCGAAAAAAUAGGAAACAAGCGAUUGAUGUCGGGCGGAAUGCGCAGAAGUUUGGAUUGAUUCUAGGAACGCUAGGUCGGCAAGGUUCUACCAAGGUUAUGGCGCAUUUGCAGAAGAGAUUAAAAUACCACAACCGUCAAGCGGUGAUUAUACUGCUUUCGGAGAUUUUCCCUAGCAAGCUGGAAUUGUUCAAGGAUGUUGAUGCUUUUGUUCAGGUCGCUUGUCCACGGCUUUCUAUAGAUUGGGGGACAGCAUUUCCAAAGCCAUUACUGACACCGUACGAACUCUCUGUUGCCCUCGGAGAUGCUCAGUGGAAACUGGACAACGAUCAUGGCUUGUUGAGCAACAGCAUAAAAGAACCAGAAUCUCUAAAGGAGAAUAGCUUAUCGGCGACACAUACGUUAAGUGAAGCGUAUCCAAUGGAUUUCUAUGCCAACAAAAGCCUUGGUGAAUGGACCCCAAAUCAUAAACCGUUGGAUAUCUGCGAGAAUUCAUUAGAUGGGGGAUGCUGUGGUAGAUGUACAGAAGAAAAAAAUAAAUCUAAAGUAAUAUAGGUGCUUGGGGGAUGACAUAUUGAGGUUUAAGGCGUGCUUAGUUUAUUAUUAGUGCAGUUUUAUUCAGUGUGGAUUAUUAUGCUAAAACAAUAAACUGGUUCCUACCGGACAACUU